CACACACACACACACACACACACACACACACACACACACACACACACACAGUGAGCAGGUAUGAGAGCAGGCAUGAAUCAUUUAGCCCAAAUCAGUUUAGUGGCUCUGGCCUGCGUUUCUCUCAGUGUUUUCUGCUCUGGAUCUUCUGGAGUUUGGAGAUUUGGAUAGUUUUAGGUCUACCUGGGCUUUAGAUGUCAGAUAUUAAUCUGAUUUUUGAAAUACUUUGAGGACAUUUGGGGUCCGCUCCUUCUGAUUGGCUGAUCUAGUUGACCUGUUAUCUGUUGAAGGAGGCUUUUGAUCUAGUUGACCUGCUAUUUGUUGAAGGAGACUGUUGUGUCCAUGAAGGAGUGAGACGGAGGAGCAUUAUGAUACGAUGUUGAUCAGACUAACUGGGCUGCAAUCUAUCUCUCUACUGGCCUGGCUGAUCACACUAACAAACAGUGUGGAGAUCAUAGAUCCAGGCCAGGUGGUGUAUGUUGACUCAGGUCUGGAUGGAGUGGUGGGUAAAGCCGUGAUCCUGGAGUGUGGAUCAACCAGACCCGAUGUUUACAUCUGGGGGUUCACACAACCUGGAACCGACGCCAUCAAAGCUGUGGUCUACGACUUUGGAAAAGGCCCUAAGCUGCAGAACCUGGCCCAGAGUCUAGGAGACCUUCAGGUGAUCUCUGGCGCCGCCUCUCUGAGUAUAGAGCGCCUCCCAUUGGCUGCCGAGGGCCUCUACACUUGCCAGGCUCUCUACGACACAGAGCAGGGAGCCAAGCUAUACUACUACUACAUACACCUACGGGUACUGGUCCCUGUCAGUAAGCCCUAUAUUCUGCUGAGUGAUGCGUCUCCGGCGGAGGGAUCUUUGGUGUGGCUGCGCUGCGGCCUAGAGAACGGCACAGGGCCGCUUUACUUCUUGUGGGAGCAUGAGACACACAGUGGAUUGGUCAGCAUCGUCUCCCAGGGCAACAGCAGCAUGUUCAACAUGACAGAAGUCAACCGUAACUACACAGGCUGGUACCGUUGUGUGGCCCGGAACCAGGUCAACCAGGAACGGUCCGACCGCAUCUGGCUAGACAUCAUCUUUGGUCCUGAUAUUCCCCAGAUAGAUGUGACUCCCUACAGUAUAACAGACAGAGGAUACUCUGCUCAGGAGAGACAGACAGUCUCUCUGCUCUGCCAGGCCCAGUCCAACCCUCCCAGUCAAUAUGUCUGGUUCUACAACAACAGUCAGGUGUACGCGGGACCCCAGUUCACCAUCACUAGGAUUCUGCGGAUGCACACAGGUACCUACGCCUGUCUGGCUCAGAACACAUACCUCAACACCCGCUCUAUGAAGACCAUCAGCCUCACCGUUUACUACCCUCCAGAUGGUUCCCCCUCCUGCUCUGUUCUGCCAGCAAUGAACUACUCCUCCCUCAACCUGACCUGUUCAUGGCCAGGGGGCCUGCCCUCCCCUUCACUACGCUGGACCACAAACCCUCUCUCCCUGGCACAGGGAGGGGCGUGGCUUGGGGGUGAAGGGUCAUGGCCAGCCAACAAUGUCUCCGUACUGCAGUCUGGAUCCCAGACCAACAACAACUCUCUGUUCACCUGCCAGGGGAUGCACCCUGCUCUCAACACCUCCACACAAUGCACUGCACGGGCCUGGUCUCCUUAUGGUGAGCCAGUGUGUUCUGCUUAUGCCACCGGGAUGAACCAGUACCUGCUGCUGUCCUGCUCCUGGGAAGGUGGGUCUCCCAGGGCUGUGGUGUGGUGGGAGGUGCCUAAAGAAGAGGGGAGGGGCCAAGAAGUGGAGACUUCCAAGAUCCUGGUACUUCGUUCUAACUCCACCCAGAAUGGACAGGCCUACACCUGUUAUGCCAAACACCCCCUGGACACACACACCAGGACCUGCAGCCUCAAACUGGAGGCUCCAGUCUUGUUGACCCAGCGUAGUGUGGUGUCUGUGUUCGAGGGCAGUGACGUUCAGCUCACCUGUAUCCUUCAAUCCAACUAUCCCCCGGCCAAUCAGAUUGUCUGGUUCAACAACCACAGACAGGAAGUCGUACAGGAAGUCCAGGAAGCCCUGGCCAAAACCAGGAAGUAUGUACUGCGUCGCGCGGCUGCGUGGACCAACCUAACGGUCUUAGAGACGGAUGGAACAACAGACAGCGGCCAAUACUGGUGCUCCGCUAGCAACGCCGUGGGGGGGACCGAGAUCCCUGUUACGCUAUUGGUCAAGAGAUACCCCAUGCCUCCCAAUGUGACCCUGGUAAGGCUGGUUUACAGCAGUCGGCAGCGCAGAGAGGUGGAGCUGGAGUGGCAGAUGGAGGGAGAGGGAGAAGGAGGAGAGGGAGGAGGGCUGACUGGCUUCAUACUUGACCACAGAUUAGAGGCACCAGGGCAAAGGAGAGGAGAGGAGGAAAAAGAGAAGGACAGAGAGGAGGCUGGUACAGAUCCUGCUGACCAAGAGGAGCAGCGACAGGAAAAAAGGAGUAGUUUCUCUCCAUGGAAACAGGUGGCAGUAUUGGAACCCAGGGAGAGGGUCCACACGCUGGGCAACAUGACCCCAACAGAUACCUACCAGAUACGCAUCACAGCUGUCAAUCACAGAACCCUCGGACACCCCUCCCCCCCAGAAACACCAGCGGACCCUCCCUUCAGUGCGUACCCUGCUGUGAUUGGAGCAGCCAUCGGAGGGAUGCUUAUCGCUGCCAUAGCAACCGUUCUGCUUUUCAUGUACAUCAUCCGCAACCGCAACAACAACCCCCGACUCCAUGACAUGCUGUUUGGAAUGCAGCACAGCCGGUCCAGGGAGAACAUCAACCUCCCUGAUGAUGAGGUGAUGGGAGGAGUUGAUGGAGAGGGAGGAGCUACAGAACAUUGCCCCUCCCCUAGCCCAGGUCCAUCCAUGGCCUCUCCUAGGGCUGCCUCCCCAGCCUCCCCUCCUCUAACCGCUGAGGACAACGAACCUGUCAACGUCACCAUCACCGUCAUGGCAACGGGCUGAAGAUCACACACACAUCCAUACAUACUGGAUAAUGCUGUGUUCAUAACAAGUGGAAACUCUGUAAAUACAAUUUGUAUUAAAAGUACAGCUGUCAUGCUCAAAAAAUAAUUAUACUAAUAGAUCAUUUUUCAUGAAUAAUCUUUUGCUGUUGCAUUUAAAACUUCCAAAAAUGCUGUUAUCAAAGUAAUUUCCUUAGUAUGUGAUGUCAGAGUUCAGCAUGUGGGAGAAGUCGAAGCUCAGAGAUGAUAGACGAGUUUCCCACUAGGAAUUACCAGUUGGAAGGGCAUGCAAGUGUAUUUUUCCAAGUCAUAUGCUGGUAUUUACAAAUAUAGGAGAUGGUGUGAAUGCAGCCUAAGCACCUGCCUGUUCUGCCUUCCAGGUUGAAAUAAAGUACAGUUCUUACCACAAAUCAUUUUAUUUGAUACAAAAUAAUGGUUACACACCCAACUCGAGAGAGACAGACCUUUACCGAGACAUUUCCUGAAUUGAUGUGAUAAUAAUAAAAGUACAGAAACGUUCAUAACAUUGUGCACCACCAUCUUUUUUAAUUCUCAUUUAAACUACUAGUUUGAUGGUUGUAGUUUUAUCAAUGGUCCCAUUGACAACCACCCAUAUUAACACACUUCUUUCAUUUCUAGUAAAAGGCUACUUCUCAUAAUGAAUCAAUUCAACUAAAUGCCUGUGAUUAGUGAUCAGUAUGGUCAGUGAGGAUCAUUUGUUCAUGGUCCCCGCUGUAGCAGCUACUGCAACUACACACACCAUAUGUGUUACUAUCCUUGUGGGGACCUGAAA